AUGGUCGAUUGCCGCAAGGCGAACCCGAACUCUGCCGCACCAUCUGGCUCCUUGCUGCUGGACCUGCGUCGGGCAGAGCCAGUAGAGUGCCGCGAGUUCUUUAUUGUGUUGUGGGCUUGGAAGGUGAAGAACAGGAGCAACAUUACACGGACAACGGUGCACUUUUUGCACCUACUGCAGGCCCUUUCGGAGUGUAGGCGAUGUGACGGGCUGUCUCAAAAGCGGCGCCUGACGUUGGCCACCAAUGCAAGGGCGGUGACUUCCCACACGUUCAUACAUGGAGCAAUGCGGGCUUCCGUCUUUGUUGCGCUUGUUGUGUCUGUGACCACACCAGAUCUGGAACUUUGUUUUGUCUAUAUAGCACACAGUGGGAACGCCGGCUACCCAAGGAGCGGCCACCUCAAAUUAUUUAUAAAUGACAUGUAA